AUGGAAGAUGUCCCAUACCUGACCUGGCUCCACCGCAUCAGGCGGCUCUGCAUGGGGUCGGGGGGCAGCACGCUAGAGACUCAAUUUGAGCUGGAAGCUUCUGCAUGCAAGGAGCUCUUGACAUGCUGCUGCGAGCGCUGGGCACAGCUGUCUUGCAGUGGGCCAACCUCGGAGUCCAGCAUGUCAAUCUUUGAAGGCAAACGGCCGGCCACUGUUCCAAUCCAAAAGUAUGGAGAGCACCUGAGCCGCUAUCUCGACGUUUCCCCAGUGGCAGUGAUAGGAGCAUGUGUAUACAUCUUCAAAAUGCUCAACAGGAAGGAGCCGGUGGACGUUGUUUCGGCCUCCAACAUCCACCGCCUGCUCCUGACAGCCCUCAUGCUGAGCUCAAAGUUUUUUGAUGACGGGUCCUAUGAAAACGCCUAUUUUGCUGAGGUGGGAGGGGUAUCGGUGGAAGAGCUCAACUCUUUGGAGGUGGCUUUCCUCUUUGGCAUCGACUUCAGGCUGAACCUGACUGAGGCCGAGAUUGAGAAAGCACUACAAGAGAUCGUCAGGGUACGGUGUGAGCGUCGGCUAUCCCAGAAACGCAAGGCAGAACCGGUGGAGCCCGUGCCUUAUAGCUUUCGAUGCAGGGACCCUGUUGUGAAUGAGUUCAAUGAGCCUCAACCAGUGUUCAGCAACGCUGACGUGCAACCCGUCUUCACAUGCUCGCUCAAACACUCUGGUGAUCUUAUUGUGGGCAUGACGUUGGAAGUUGAGUUGCCCCAGUUGGACAGUGCUUAUCCCUAUGUGAGUGACCUGGGGUACAGGCUGAUUGAUGAGUUGUCUAUUUCAGUUGCGGGUGUUGAACUCGACCGGAUGACCGGCCUGCACAUGCUCCUUAAAGCUGUCAUGUCAGAUGCACACAGUGAGUACUCAAGGUUUGGCGACAUGCUCAAUGGUGUGACAGUUCCUGGUAUGCUGGACAGUGAGGCGGAAAUUCAAGAUGGUGAGGCCACAACCCACAAGCUGGUGCAUGUUCCAAUACCAUUCUGGUUUGCAAGGGCUCAGGUCAGCAAUGGGUUCCCUCUGGCGAGCCUCAUCACAGCAGAGGCCAUCAUCAAGCUAAAGUUGAGCCCGCUCAGCUCAAUAAUCCAGCCCCCACCAGACGUCAGGCUGCAGCCCCGCAUCUCAAUUCUCACUGACAAUGUUUGGCUUGAUCCAAAGGUUGCUUUUGCCCUCAUCCGUUCAGGCCCCUCAAAGUCUCUCUUUCAGCAGAAUCUUCACCAGGACCACGCUGUUGAUGCAGAUUUGCCUGUCCAGCGGAUUGAACUCACAUGCAACAAGUCUGUGAGGCGGCUGCUGUGGCUUGUGACAGCAUCUGAUGACCCCAAUCAGAUUUUGCCAAACAGUGUGCUCUCCUCGCGGCUCAUUCUGGAGGGCUACGAUCUCAUGUCUAGAGGCCCCGUGAAUCAAGACACUGGUGAGAGAGCUGACGGCAAGUAUAGUGAGCUGGUGUAG